UUCAAUUUCAUUUCAAGGUCAAAAGAAAAGAAAGAGCGAGUGAGAGAGAGUUUGUGUGAGAGUAUAUCCUCGUAGAUCUCUCUCUCUUCUUUCUCUCUCUAACUUUCUUCUUCCCUAGCCAUGGGUAUCUGGGAAGCUUUUCUUAAUUGGCUUCGAAGCCUUUUUUUCAAGCAGGAAAUGGAGCUGUCUUUGAUUGGACUUCAGAAUGCAGGAAAGACCUCUCUUGUUAACGUUGUGGCAACUGGAGGAUAUAGUGAAGAUAUGAUCCCAACUGUUGGUUUCAAUAUGAAGAAGGUUACCAAAGGGAAUGUUACAAUAAAGUUGUGGGAUAUUGGAGGUCAACCAAGGUUUCGUAGUAUGUGGGAGAGAUACUGCCGUGCUGUCUCCGCUAUUGUUUACGUUGUUGAUGCUGCUGACCAUGAUAACUUAGGCAUAUCAAGAAGUGAACUUCAUGAUCUGCUAAGCAAAACUUCAUUGAGUGGCAUCCCUCUCCUGGUGCUUGGAAACAAAACAGACAAGCCUGGAGCUAUCUCAAAAGAAGAUUUUAUGGAACAAAUGGAGCUCAAGUCAAUUACAGAUAGAGAGGUAUGCUGUUUUAUGAUCUCCUGCAAGAACUCAACAAACAUUGAUGCAGUUAUUGACUGGCUUGUGAAGCACUCUAAAUCGAAGAGCUAAAUAGAAGGCUUAUCCUCCAUAUUCUUGUGUUGAAGUUUUUAUUAAACCUUGUUUAUUAGUGAAAUUAUUGAACUUUGACAUGGCUGUGUCGAUAUCCCUUAUAUAUAGCUUUAUAGUGGGUGUAAAUCAGGGUUUGUUUAUGAAUGAGAGGAUUUCUGGCGUGUUUUCCUGUCUGUCUCUUUCAUCUGUCAUCUUGCUGCAGAGUUCACUGCAUGAGAAACGUGGCUGAUUUUUAGGAAGUUUGUAGAAAUGCGUGCUUAUGCUUGUAUCUUCCUUUGGUAGGUUAUUCUAUCAGGUUGUUCGUGUCAGUUUGGAUUUGGUAUAGGCUGUUUUCAAAUUGAUUUUGGUUCAUACUA